CGCAGCGUCGUCAGUGGAGUUGAAGGAAGGACAGCUCAAUCACUGCGGGGUAGAUACGCGCAGUUACCCCAAACCGACUCUUAUCCCGCUUUUAAAUCAUGAGAACCCUCGUCCAUGGAUUACUCUUCUUUUGCCCUCAGAAUGAGAGACAUUACAGUGCCUGAGAAUGCCAGCAGGUGAGAGAGAAGACCGGGCAAAGACCCGCGAAAGAUUCAAUGAGGUGUUCAAGAAAUACACUGAAUCUGAGAAGAAAAAGUCAAAGAAGAAAAGCACUGAAGCAAAGGAGACUAUUGUGCUUCAGAAUCUAAAAAAGAAUCUCAACCUUGAGAAGGACACAGAAGAUGAUGAGACCAUCCUUCAGAAUACGUAUGACCCUGAACAUGGCAGCCCUCGCUUCACCAAGAACAAACGGAGAGAAAAGGAAAUUGCAGAAAAGGUUAAUGUCAACAACAGCAGAAACCAAGAAGAGAUUAAAACAUCAAAAGCUAAGAGAAAGACUAAGAGGGACGUUCCCUCCCUCCCUGUACCCGAGGACAUCAGAAGUUACAUCGAGAAGGACGCAGAUGCUUCCAAGUCUGAGGUUGCUUUGGACUCAGAUGAUGUUGGUGGUGGAAAGGAAUCAAAACGAAGAAGUAAAAAAGGGAAAAGUAAAAAAGACACAGAAGCUAAAGCAGAGAGCCAGGUGGAAGAUGCAGAGGAUACGUUGUUGCAUGAAUAUCAGCAGCAAAUUGCACAAGAGGAGGAGAGGACUUUAAAGAAGACGAGGGUCAAGGCUGAAGAAGAGAGCGUUGUCUCGCAAAACGUUAUGCUGAAUAAUGAUGUGGGGAAGAAGAAAAAGAAAAAGCUGAAAUCUGUUGUCACAGAGUCAGAUGUGGGGGAUCAAGAUGAAGAGGCAGAUCAGGAUGCUGAUGUGGAAAAUGAAACAGAAUCCAAGGGGAAGAAGAAAAAGAAGAAGAAAAAGCAUGUUGUCAAAGAAGAGAGUGAAACCGAGCCAGAAGCGCCACAGCAACCAACAUUCGAUGACAGCCUUGUUCUUGGAGUGUUCAUCCACAGAACGGAUCGCCUCAAGACGCACAUACUGAUCUCACACCCCAUGGUGAAGAUCCAUGUUGUCGAUGAAAACACAGGGCAAUAUGUGAAGAAAGAAGACUGCCACAGACCCGUCUCCUCAUUUUAUGAACAAGAAAACGUCGACCACAUCCUCCCCAUCAUGACCCAGCCUUUUGACUUUAAGAAGAACAAAUCAAUCAUCCCAGAGUGGCAGGAACAGAUCAUCUUCAAUGAACGUUUUGGUUACUUUGUUCAGCAAAACGAGGACAGCCCCAAAGUCAUACUCCUGUUUGAAAUCCUGGAUUUUGUAACUAUGGAAGAAGCAAGAGCCAACGUCGACGUUGACAAGCAUGAGCGAGGAUUCAGAAAGAUUGCGUGGGCAUUCCUCAAGCUUGUCGGCACAAAUGGCGUGCUGAAUAUUGACAGCAAACUUCGCCUCCAGCUCUUCUGCCCUCCACCUCGGGCAAAGAGACAACCUAAAACAGUGGAGGUGGUUGAGUGGUGGAGGAAGCACCAGAGAACCAAAUACGCAUCCACCCUUUAUGUUACAGUGAAAGGCAUUAAGCUCCCCGAACAUGUGGAUCCAAGUAUGCGCUCUAUGAUGGCGCUGCAGGAGGAGAGAGGCAGCACCUCCUACAGUGAACUGCAAAACGAGGUCACCAAGAAAACCCUGACACAGCCUCUGGACAGCAAACCGCCAGUCUUGAGAUGGAGCAGGCUGCCUGGUCAGAUCUGCCGGAUUCCUAAUAAGCCCAUGCUGGCGUUCCGUGGUGGUCAGAUGGGCUGCUUCACUGUACUCUUCUCUCAUGCUGGAACCAUACUGGCUGCUGCUUGUGCUGACAGAGACGCUUUCCCUGUUGUAGUGUAUGAAAUUCCUUCUGGCAAGGUUCUGGCUGCCUUCAGUGGCCAUCUCAAAAUCGUGUACGAUCUCUGCUGGUCCAGAGAUGAUCGGAGCCUUUUGUCCGCCUCCUCUGAUGGAACUGUCAGAGAGUGGAACGUAGAGAAGCUUCAGGGAACAGCCCAGAAGGUUCUCCCUCAUCCAUGCUUUGUGUAUUGCGCUCAGUACCAUCCAACAGCCCAGAACCUGGUGGUCACUGGCGGCUACGACGGUCUGGUGCGAGUCUGGCGGCUCGAUGUCGACGAUGUGAAUGGCCAGCUGCUGCAGGAGUUUGAGGGUCACGACAGUUUCAUCAACACAGUUUGUUUUGACUCUGAAGGAAGGAGAAUGUUCUCUGCAGACAACAAGGGCUUAAUCAUCGUGUGGAAAACUUCCGUAAAUGACAGCAGGCAUCGGCAGCACCCAUGCCGUAACUGGUGCAUAGAAAAGAAAAUUGACGAGACUGACCUCAGUGGUAUCCCUGUCAACAUGCUGCAGCUGCAUCCAAAUGGCCGGUGCCUACUGAUACAUGCCAAAGACAGCGUUCUGAGGAUGAUGGAUUUGAGAAUUCUGGCUGUAAAGAAGUACACUGGAGCCACAAACUACAGAGAGAGGAUUUACAGCACUUUCACACCAUGUGGGAACUUCAUCUUUUCCGGUAGUGAGGAUGGGAUGUCGUACGUCUGGAAUACUGACACAGGUGACCAAGUUGCAGUGUACUCUGAGCUUUGUUACCGCACCGCUCUCCACGGCGUCGCUUUCCACCCUCACGAGAACAUGGUGGCCUUCAGUGCCUUCGGUCAGAACCAGCCCAUCCACGUGUACCUGUAUGAUCGCAAAGUCUCCCAGCUGGAGGUGCACAGCCUUAAAGCAGCGACCAGAUCAGCUUCUGCAGACACCAGAACCGUCAGAAACACACCAGACCCCCCAGCGCUGCAGGACACGUCCGCAUCUUCAUCCAUGGAUCAGUUUGCCCACGCAGCGAGACUUGCGCUGAAAAUGCAGAGUGUUAAGGAGCAGCUGGAUUCAGUUCUUGAAACACAUCAAAGGUCUUCAACUUCUGGAUUGAUGUAUGAGCCAGACAAAGUGGGCAUGACUCACACAGGGAGGAGCUUUACAUCAGAGAGUGCCACGACGGGAUUAAAUGCCUCACUACCGCCUCCAUCUCUGCUGUCGCCGCACUCCAAGCUGCAGCUCUCCGGAUCUCUAGCGGAGCAGCUUAUUCCCCAGGCGGCUCUGAUCACUCAACACCGCGGGUUCAGUCCAGUCGGCCAGCGUAUAAAAGGAGCUUCAUCUAUGAGGCUGCAGACAACCCUUCCUGACCACAUCUCUUCAGGCGCCCAUGUGGAAACAGACUCCACCCCUGUUCAACAAGUGGUCGUUUGCCUCUACGACUACAGAGCCAAUCGGUCAGAUGAACUGACCAUACGUCGCGGGGAUGUCAUCCAAGUGCUGUACAAAGACAACGACAACUGGUGGUUUGGGCGUUUGGUCAACGGGCAGCAGGGAUAUUUUCUGGCUUCUUAUGUAGCAGAUCAGAGAGAUUUCAAUGAAGAGUUAACUCAUUCUGCAGAGGCACACGCAGCCUUGUCUGAGGGAACUGUUGACAGGUCAACACCAACCAGGGUAUCUGCUGCAAUUAGUUCUUCUGGGGAACUUAGGUUUCUUUCUGAGCCGACCCUUUCUGACACCGAGCCCGAACUGACUGAUGCCAAAACUAGAAGGAAGAAGAAGGUGAAGAAGUCAGGAGUCCCUGCAGCUUCGUCUCUGGCCACAUUUUCAGAUGCAGAUGCUUCGGGGUCGAUGAGGAGAGGCAGAUCAAAAGGCAGACCUCUCCCAAAGAGCCCGACGGGUCAGACCAACGGUGCCUUUGAGCCGGAUGCAUGAACUCAUGGACACAUACGGUCACUUUUUGUGUGCGCAUGCAGACACAAGUCUGUCUUGCAGGUUUGUUAAAUUUUUACAGUUUGGUUUUUAGAUGCUUAUUUUUGUAAUAUUCAAACAGCCAGUAUGUUUAUAUCCUGUACUGUACUUAAUACAAAUUGCUCAGUAAAUUGUUAAAAUUUGUUUAUAAAACGGUUUUGCUCAGCUCAAGAAUGCACAAAUGCUGAAAACAUUUUGUAUGUUUUGCAGUUUAAAAUAAUUCACAUGACUAUUAUAAAGUCUUACUGCUGAUAUAAAACGCAAAACUUCUGUAAUAUUAGUCUUAUUUUCUUAGCCUGUAAGAGAUUUGCUAAGUUUGUAUAUGCCACUUCACAGCAUUAAAAAUACAGAGUAUUCAU